AAGAUACACAGGAGGAACUAAACGUAGAUACUGGAAAAAAGUGCAAAUUACCAAAAUGACCACAAAUUCAUAUAAGAGAAAAGUGUGUUACUACUAUGACGGGGACAUUGGAAACUACUACUAUGGACAGGGCCACCCUAUGAAGCCACACAGAAUACGAAUGACACACAACCUUAUCCUUAACUAUGGUUUGUACAGGAAGAUGGAAGUGUAUCGACCUCACAAAGUAACAGCCGAAGAAAUGACUAAGUUUCACAGCGACGAAUACAUCAAAUUUCUCCAAAACAUUCGUCCUGAUAACAUGCCUCAACAAACCAAAUACAUGCAGAGAUUUAAUGUUGGCGAGGACUGUCCAGUCUUUGAUGGAAUGUUCGAGUUCUUCCAGCUGUCAACAGGUGGGUCUCUAGCAGGAGCUGUCAAACUGAAUAAAAGAGAAACCGAUAUUGCCAUCAACUGGGCAGGUGGAUAUCACCAUGCCAAGAAAUCGGAGGCUUCUGGAUUCUGCUAUGUCAAUGACAUUGUCCUGGCCAUCUUGGAGCUUCUUAAGUACCAUCAACGAGUCCUGUAUGUUGAUAUUGACAUUCACCACGGUGAUGGUGUGGAGGAGGCUUUCUACACCACAGAUCGGGUCAUGACCGUAUCCUUCCACAAGUAUGGAGAGUACUUCCCUGGCACUGGCGAUCUACAGGAUAUAGGUGCUGGCAGGGGCAGAUACUAUGCUGUGAACUUUCCACUACGCGAUGGCAUGGACGACGAAUCAUUCGAUCAAGUUUUCCAGUCUGUUAUAUCUAAGGUGAUGGAAAUGUACCAGCCCCAUGUCAUUGUCUUAGUCUGUGGGGCUGACUCUCUAUCUGGAGAUAGAUUAGGCUGCUUUAAUCUCACCUUAAAGGGGCAUGGGAAGUGUGUUGAUUAUAUAAUGAAGUGGAAUCUACCCCUGAUGUUGUUAGGCGGCGGAGGCUACACGAUUAGAAAUGUUGCUCGCUGUUGGGCAUUUGAAACGUCAGUUGCACUGGGGUCUGAUGUAGCCAAUGAACUGCCGUAUAAUGACUACUUUGAAUAUUAUGGUCCAGACUUCAAGCUGCAUAUCAGUCCGUCCAACAUGGGUAAUCAAAAUACUCCGGAAUAUCUUGACAAAAUCAAAAGCAGACUGUUUGAGAAUCUCAGAAUGUUACCGCAUGCACCUGGUGUGCAAAUGCAGUCAUCAGAAGAAUCGGCUUCUGAUGACACUGAAACCGACAGCAAGAAUAAAAUUGAUCAGCGAAUCUCGAUAAGAAACCCUGAAAAGAGGUCAGCGGGUUUUAAAGAUAGCUUUGAUUACAAACACGAAAAGACUAUUGCUCGUUCCAAGAAUUACAAACCAAUAACGAAAAGACCACGCACAGAGGAGGGGGAUGAAACUGGAACAAAGACUGUGACUGAGGAAACCAAGAAAGACGUAGAUGCAACUGAGUCUGAAAAAGAAAAAUCAAUUACAGAAGAGCUGGAGGGGAAGAUAGAAGAAGAUAGCGAAAUCUCAGAAACAGUAGCCGAAAGUCCAACUAGCGAGUGCAAAGAUUCGUCAGAAGCCGAAGAAAUUCAGAAGUUAGACAACAAAGUUGAGAUUCAGGAUCAUCAUUGAUGUAUAUUCAUGUUUUAGCUUGCCAUUUCUAGUUUUUAAUUCAUUUCAAGUGUAAAAAUACAUUGGUGUAUUCAUUGUAUAAAUUAAAAACCCAAACUCAAAAUUAGUUUGCAGCUGCAACUACAGUAAAAGUAAUCCCGGUGAAUUACUAGUAGUCCCAAUCACUUUUAACUGUGUUAACAUUUAUGUUGCCUCUGAAAAAAGAUAUGGCGAUUAAUUGUUUUAUAUACACUCUGGUAGAUAAUAGUUGUAAUAUUGCAAUGGACGUAUUGAUGUCGAACUUGCUCUAUACAUUAUAGUUAUGUGUUUCAAAAACCACGAGGUAAGUCCACCAAAGUUCACGGUUUUGCCAUGGACAAAGACAUUUAGCACCACUUUGACUGGCAUAUAGUAAUAUUACGGAAAGUCACAGGCGAUACGUAUGGCGCCACAGACGAAUCAAGAGACAAUUAAAACCGUAACCAGCUGCAAACCAAUUAAAUAUUAACAUCAA